AUGGAACGUCUCAAGGCAAAACGUGGAGUGAAGCGGUCGCAGAACACGAAAAUUAUCCACGAGGCGAUAGCGGGGAUGGAGACAGCGGACUUGGCAUCGCUGACUGCCUGGCUAGAAAGGUUGAAGGCCAAUAACAGGGCUCUUCAAGAGUUGAACGUGGAGAUAGAAGAUCAUAUAUCGGAACAAGACCUCGUCGCAGAAUACACUACGGUCACGGAGUACGACGACGAGGCCAUCCGAAUGAUGGCGCUGUUGGACUGCAAGGCAGACUCACUGAGACGUAAAGAACAACAGGCGCAAGCCACCCAGAUGACCACAUCCGCGACAACAUCUGCGAGUGCCACCACAGACCUGGGAAGAAAUCGCACCAACAUGACUAGCGGUGUGAAGCUUCCCAAGUUACUUCAAACUUUCAACGGCGAGUACCUGCGCAACCAUGUCACCGGACCAGCGGCGGCGGCCAUCGCUGGGCUCCAGGCAACUGAGGCCUGCUACGACGAUGCCAUUGAAAUCCUGACACUGCGCUUCGGUGAUAAACGAAGGAUCGAGCAAAAUCAUCUGGCGAAGCUCCGAGCACUGCCCCCUGUUGCCUCCGCGAAAGACACGAAAGGCCUCCGAAAGAUGUACGAUCACGUCCAGACGAACAUUCGAGGUCUGAAAGGGCUCGGCGUGCGAUCGGCAACGUACUGCACGAUGAUGUCCGAUAUCCUCCUCAAGGCCUUGCCGAGCGAAGUCGUCGUAAAUUAUCACCGGCAGCAGGCAAGCAGCACUGCCUACAGGUCGACGGGAGAAACGCAAAACAGUCCGACUUCACUGACUUCACCAGCGGUGCAGGACACCGGACACUUUGUCGACGGACCACUUUCUACCCGGAGCGCUUCAAGGCCGCCCUUUUUCGCCGAUGCCGAAGAUGAGCUCGCCGAUAUUCUAAGCUUCCUUCGGAUCGAAGUUGAGAGUAGGGAGAGAGCCGGAGUAGUAGAAGAACGGCAAGAGACGCAGAAGAAAAAGACUGAAAGACCCAGAAUGCCAGCAACCUCUGUGCUACAUGCAAAUAUCACUAGCCCCUGCUUCUUUUGCCGGUCCACAAAGCACGCAACAGAAGUAUGUACUGGCGACCUCACGUUAGAGGUGAAGAAAAAAAGGCUGGCGGAAGAAAACCGCUGCUUCAGAUGCACAAUCGGAGAGCACCGGGCGAGGGAGUGUCGGCGGAAGGUGACAUGCGCGUCGUGCUCCGGUCGACAUGCCACAUCCAUGUGCGACCCGAACUGGAAACCUAACGUGAAGAAAUCGGAUAGAGGUGCCCCUGCAACAAGCGUCCAGAACGCAAUCUCCGACAGUGCUGACGUCCCAUUGGAUUCUGAAGUGCUUCUUCAAACGUUCCGAGCCUGGGCUGAGGAAGGAAACCAAAGACUUUACGUGCAAGCCAUUAUCGAUGGAGGUAGCCAACGGACUUUCAUUCGUGAGGGUCUUUCUCGCAAACUCGGCCUCAAGGUUCUGGGAUAUGUUAGCCUCCGGCUAAAUACGUUCGGCCACUCCACGUCACGACCGCAACGUCGGCGACUAGUACAAGUACGGUUGCACAGCCAAUACGGCCAAGAAGAGUGCGUCAUCGAAGCCGUCGAGGUACCCUUCAUCUGUAAGGACGUUGUGCAGGUACCCGUCGACCACGAAUUUGUUCGCCGUAUGAUGAAAAACGGCCGUCGUAUUGCGGACAUGCUUCUUUCCCCUCUGGCCACUGCUGAAGAGGGCAUUUCCCUUCUGGUCGGUUCAGACCAGUUGUGGCGAGUGAACGGUGACCAAGUGCUGCAUUGCAAGGAAAAUCAGAAGCUGGUAGCUAUAAGCAUCAUUUUUGGCUGGACCUUUCAAGGCCCAGUGUCAAACCACAGCUCUCUCAAAGGCAGCGCCAGCAGCAUGGUAUGCGUGCUAAGAACGGAAUGCUUCACGAACGAGGACGUCGGAGACAUUCUGCGGCGUUUUUGGGAGCUAGAGAGCAUCGGAAUUUCUGACCAGCCCUCCAGCAAGAUGGAAGAACAGAACGAACUGCUGAACGAGUUCAACCGAACAAUACGGAAAGUGAAUGGACGAAUCUGGGAACAAGGAAUCGGUUGGGACGACGAUCUAACGGACGACCUACUGGUGCAAUGGCGGCGAUGGUGCGCAGAACUUCCACAAUUAGAAGAGAUAGUGAUUCCUCGCUGCAUCGUGAAGACGCCAAGAGAAGUCAUAUGUUCUCUCCAGCUACACGUCUUCUGCGACGGAAGUCCGGUGGCCUAUGGCACUUGUGCCUACCUGAGGGCUGAAGGAGAAGAUGGGAAGUUUAGUUUCGAAGAACUAACGACCAUGCUCCAAGAGGUGGAAGCCGUCGUGAAUUCUCGACCUUUGGCCCCUGUUAACGACGCUCCACACGAGCAGGAGGCUUUAACGCCUGCGCACUUCUUGUUGGGCAGGCGUCUGACGGCUUUCCCAUCAGUCAACCUAGAAACUAUACCAGGUUCUGCGAGAAAGGACAUUACCAGACGUUGGCUAUACAGGCAGCAACUACUGGACCGAUUCUGGCGGAGAUGGCGGAAGGAAUACCUCCUUCAACUCCGCUCCGCACACCGAUCGCCCGAGACGCGGACAAACGACCUACAGAACGGGGAUCUCGUUCUUGUUCACGAAGACAAGACCCCACGGCUCAUGUGGAAAACGGGGAGGAUCGAAACAGUUCAGCUGGGCAGAGACAACCACGUGCGUUCCUGUCUAGUGCGCCUACCGAGCGGGGUAACGCUUCGGCGCCCCGUGCAGCUCCUUUACCCACUGGAACUGGCAAGUGAAUGA